AUGGGCGCGCGCGUCGCGGGCGGCAAGGCCAACACGGCGGCCAUCAUUGGCUCGUGUGGCGUGACGGCGCAGCACAUGUUCCUCGGCGACGCCGACACGGUGUACAUCGUCGACAAGACCGAGGCGAACCCGCUGCCGACGGCCGACCGCGCCAACUCCGCCACCGCCGCGUCGUUCUCUCUGUCCACCGGCCUCUGCCGGCCGAUGUACACCCAGACGAACCAGUUCUGCGCCGCCGGCGGCCCGCUCGGCGACGGGCGCUGGGUCAGCGGCGGCGGCAACCCGGCGCAAAACGGCCAGGGCCAGGGCGACGGCCUGCGCGCCAUCCGCUCGCUGACGCCGUGCAACACCAACGGCACGUGCCAGUGGAGCGAGGGCAACGGCAACCUCGGCGUCGCGCGCUGGUACCCGGCCGCCGAGACGACGGGCGACGGCUCGAUGAUCUGGCUCGGCGGCUACAACGCGCAGGUGUUCCUGCCGUACCCGCAGAGCGGCAACACGCCCACCGCCGAGUACUUCCCCAGCAAGGGCGGCCUGCUCAACGUGCCCGUGCUCAACCGCGCCUGGCCCUUUUCGCUCUACCCGCUCACGCACUACCUCUCCGACGGGCGCAUCUUCAUCCUUGCCGGCAGCUCCGCCGUCAUCUGGAACCCGACGAACCAGCAGGAGCAGACGCUGCCGAACAUGCCCAACGGCCCGCGCACGUACCCGUCGGGCGGCUCGGCCGUGCUGCUGCCGCUGACGCCGGCGAACAACUACGCCGAGACGUCGAUGCUGUGCGGCGGCAACAGCGCCAUCAAGGACUGGGGCAACCAGUGGUGCCCCGCUGGCGGCUCGUACGCCGUGACGGCCAACACCAAGUGCGACCUGAUCACGCCGCUGGCGAACAACGCGGCGUGGACAUCGGCGCCGGACAUGCCGUCGCCGCGCCUCAUGGGCACGAUGAUCCUGCUGCCCGACAACAACAUCGCACUCGUCAACGGCGCGCAGGCCGGCACGCAGGGCUUCAACUGCGACGGGCCCGGCGGCUCGAUGGCCUCGCGGCCCGCCAACACGGCCUACGUGUACAACCCGCAGGCGCGCACGUGGGCGACGCUCGCGACGCAGCUCGCCAACCGCGGCUACCACUCGAGCGCGACGCUGCUGCCCGACGGCGCCGUGCUCGUCGGCGGCAGCUCGCCGCACGACAACAUCGAGCCGUGGACGGCGCCGUUCCCGAGCGAGUUCCGCCUCGAGAAGAUCUUCCCGUCGUACUACGACGCGCCGCGGCCCAGCAACGCCGCCGUGCCCACUGCCUUCCCCUACGGCGGCGCCGCGUUCACCGUCACGUUUGGCUCGGCGGGCGAGGCGCAGGGCGCGUACGUGCGCCUCAUCCGCACCGGCUGGUCGACGCACGGCCUGCAGAUGCAGCAGCGCUCGUACGAGCUGCGGCGUACCGUCAACGGCAACGCGGUGACGUUUGCGGGCAUGCCCUCGGGCGCCAACCGCAUCUUCCCGCCGGGCGCCGCGCUGGCGUUCCUCGUCGUCAACGGCGUGCCGGCGAUGGGCAAGAGCGCCAUUGUCGGCUCGGGCCGGCUGUAG